AUGACAUGCGACCUCGAACGACCAUGCGCCAGAUGUGUCAAACGCGACAUUGCCCACCUCUGCCAUGACGAACCACGAGAGCCUGCGAAAGGCAAGAAGCCAGACACCGACACUCCUCCUGCCGAGACCACCACCAACCAAGACGAGCGCCGAAACAGCAUGAGAAUGGAUCCUCCGAACAUCAAGCAACAGAACCAACCUCAACCUAAUCAACAACCCUUCUCCAUUGACGACUGGAACUUUGGCUCGACUAAGCAACUACACGACAUGCGCAACCUGCAUCCCAACUACACAUUCAACACUUCCGAAGUAACAGACGAGUACAACUUCCUCGGCGACUUUCUUAACAACAGUCUGCUUGACGAUGGCGCAACCUACAAUCUCGACGAUUCAAACCCCAUUUUCAACGACCCUCUGUUGGCAACUGGUUCCCUCUCCACCUACGCCAACAACAUGAACCUCUUCAGCGGCAUCCACCAAGCACAACCAAACGUACCACAACCACAUAAACAAGACCAUCAAGUUUCUGCCGCCAACCAAAUUUCCCGUCCAGCAUCAGUCAUGCCCGUCGACACAAAAGCUCGUGACAAAUUCUACAUGACAGCCGCCGAUCCAGCAGGCAACGAUACCCCAGAAGCCCGCAUGCUCAAACUGCUGCAAGCGAAAUACGACGCCGGCAUGUUGCGUCCCUUCAACUAUGUCCGUGGCUACUCACGCCUAAACACAUACAUGGAAUCCCACAUGCGGCCACCUUUGCGCCAAAAGAUACUCCGCCAACUAGAGAAAUUCAGACCAAAAUUUAGGGAAGCCAUGCAUAAUCUUACAGACAUCCAACUCAUUCGAGUCGAGAUGUGGUGGGAGAGCACAUUGAUGGAAUAUGAUCGUGUGUUUGCUAGUAUGGCUAUUCCUGCCUGUUGUUGGCGGCGCACGGGAGAAAUCUUCAGAGGCAACAAGGAAAUGGCCGAACUCAUCCAAGUACCCAUGGAAGAAUUGAGAGAUGUGUGUUUUUCCUUUUCUCCACCCUUAAUCCCUCUCAUUUUUCUCUCUUUCGCUGCUUUUGCCUCUUUGCUUGCAAACCCAAACUCCUCGUGUUAG